AUGGACUUGGCAGUGGACUGGGCUCCUGGCCGCCGGUGGCCCCCGCUGCCCUCGAUGUCGGCGCUCGGCUUUCUGCGCGUCUGUUGGCUGCUCUCAGUGCUCCCGGGGCCGGCGUGGGUCCGCGGGGCGGAGCAGCGCCAGGUGUUCCAGGUCCUGGAGGAGCAACCCCCGGGCACGCUGGUGGGCGCCAUCCAGACGCGCCCGGGCUUCACCUACCGGCUCAGCGAAAGCCACGCCCUGUUCGCCAUCAAUGGGAGCACCGGAGCCCUGUACACCACGGCCACCAUCGACCGAGAGCGCCUGCCUAGCGACGUGAUCAACCUGGUCGUUCUGUCCAGCGCGCCCACCUACCCCACGGAAGUGCGAGUUCUGGUGCGGGACCUCAACGAUAACGCCCCGGUCUUCCCGGACCCUUCCAUUGUCGUCUCGUUCAAGGAGGACAGCAGCAGCGGGCGCCAGGUCAUCUUGGAUACAGCCACUGACUCGGACAUCGGUUCCAACGGUGUGGACCACCGUUCUUAUCGGAUCAUCCGGGGCAACGAGGCGGGCCGCUUCCGUCUGGACGUCACCCUGAACCCGAGCGGCGAGGGUGCCUUCCUGCAUCUGGUGUCCAAGGGCGGGCUGGACAGGGAGGCCACGCCGCAGUAUCAUCUCUUGGUCGAGGUGGAAGACAAGGGCGAACCCAAGCGGCGGGGCUACCUUCAGGUAAACGUGACUGUGCAAGACAUUAAUGACAAUCCCCCGGUUUUUGGCAGUUCCCACUACCAGGCGGGGGUGCCUGAAGACGCGGCUGUAGGCUCUAGCGUCCUCCAGGUGGCAGCGGCGGACGCCGAUGAGGGCACCAAUGCGGACAUCCGCUAUAGGCUGCAGGACGAGGGGACUCCCUUCCAAAUGGACCCCGAAUCGGGACUUAUCACAGUGCGGGAGCCUCUGGACUUUGAGGCCCGCCGCCAGUACUCACUCACGGUGCAGGCCAUGGACAGAGGCGUGCCCUCCCUCACAGGGCGCGCCGAGGCACUGAUCCAGCUGCUGGACGUCAAUGACAAUGACCCUGUGGUGAAGUUUCGCUACUUCCCAGCCACUUCGCGUUAUGCCUCCGUGGAUGAGAACGCUCAGGUGGGCACCGUGGUGGCACUGCUCACAGUGACCGACGCAGACUCCCCCGCGGCCAACGGAAACAUCUCGGUGCAAAUCCUCGGGGGCAAUGAGCAGCGCCACUUUGAGGUGCAGAGCAGCAGGGUGCCCAACCUGAGCCUCAUCAAGGUGGCCAGCCCCCUAGACCGCGAACGCAUCCCUUCCUACAACCUCACAGUCUCUGUCUCUGAUAAUUACGGGGCGCCCUCUGCCUCCGCGGUCCAGGGACGCUCUUCCGUGGCAAGCCUGGUGAUUUUUGUCAACGACAUCAAUGACCACCCUCCUGUCUUUACACAGCAAGUGUGCAGAGUUAACCUGAGUGAGGAGGCGCCCCCGGGAAGCUACGUGAGUGGAGUGUCUGCCACUGAUGGCGACUCUGGCCUCAAUGCCAAUCUGCGUUACAGCAUUGUCUCGGGCAAUGGGCUAGGCUGGUUCCACAUCAGUGAACACAGCGGCCUGGUGACCACGGGGGCUGCUGGGGGCCUGGACCGUGAGCUCGCUUCUCAGAUUGUAUUGAACAUCAGUGCCAGGGACCAGGGCGUUCACCCCAAGGUUUCCUAUGCCCAGCUCGUGGUCACUCUCCUGGAUGUGAAUGAUGAGAAGCCAGUGUUCAGCCAACCAGAAGGGUAUGCUGUGUCUGUAGUUGAGAACGCCCCCACAGGGACUGAACUGCUGGUGCUUGGGGCCACAGAUGGAGAUCUGGGUGACAAUGGGACAGUGCGAUUCUCCCUCCAAGAGGCAGAGACUGACAAGAGGUCCUUCCGUCUUGAUCCUGUGUCCGGGAGGUUGAGUACUAUUUCCUCUUUGGACAGAGAGGAGCAAGCCUUCUACUCUCUGUUGGUGCUGGCAACAGAUCUGGGUUCUCCUCCCCAGUCAUCGAUGACUCAUAUAAAUGUCACUCUCCUGGAUCUAAAUGACAACAGCCCAGUAUUCUACCCAGUCCAAUAUUUUGCUCAUAUUCAGGAGAAUGAGCCCGGAGGUAGCUACAUCACCACAGUGUCUGCUACUGACCCGGACUUGGGUUCCAAUGGGACUGUCAAGUACAGCAUAUCAGCUGGGGACAGAUCUCGGUUUCAGGUCAAUGCGCUGAGUGGGGUCAUUUCUACAAGGAUGGCGCUGGACAGAGAAGAAAAGACAGCUUAUCAGUUACAAAUAGUGGCAACUGAUGGUGGCAAUUUACAGUCCCCCAACCAAGCAAUCGUGACCAUCACGGUCUUGGACACUCAAGACAAUCCCCCCGUGUUUAGCCAGGCUGCCUACAGCUUCGUAGUCUUUGAGAAUGUGGCUUUGGGAUAUCAUGUGGGUCGUGUGUCCGCAUCCACCAUGGAUCUCAAUUCCAACAUCAGUUAUCUCAUCACUACUGGGGAUCAGAAAGGUAUGUUUGCUAUCAACCAGGCCACAGGGCAGCUUACCACAGCAAGUGUCAUUGACAGAGAAGAGCAAUCCUUUUACCAGCUGAAAGUAGUUGCCAGUGGGGGCACCGUGGCUGGAGAUACUGUGGUUAACAUAACCGUGAAGGAUUUGAAUGACAACUCUCCCCAUUUUCUUCAGGCAGUAGAGAGUGUCAAUGUGGUGGAGAAUUGGCAGGCGGGGCACAGCAUUUUCCAAGCCAAAGCUGUGGACCCUGAUGAAGGUGUCAACGGCAUGGUGCUCUAUAGCCUGAAGCAAAACCCCAAGAACCUGUUCACUAUCCAUGAAAAAAAUGGUACUCUUGGUCUGCUAGGGCCCCUGGAUGUUCAUGCCGGUUCCUAUCAGAUAGAGAUCGUGGCAUCCGAUAUGGGUGUUCCACAGCUGUCCUCUAGUUUCAUCUUAACGGUGUAUGUCCAUGAUGUAAAUGACAACCCCCCAGUGUUUGAGCAACUUUCUUAUGAGGUCACACUUUCUGAGUCAGAACCUGUGAAUUCUCGAUUCUUUAAAGUGCAAGCUUCUGAUCAAGAUUCAGGAGCCAAUGGUGAAAUUGCAUACAGCAUUGCUGAAGGGAAUGUGGGAGAGGCAUUUGGCAUUUUCCCAGAUGGUCAAUUGUACAUAAAAAGUGAACUGGACCGUGAACUUCAAGACAGAUAUGUUUUAUUGGUUGUUGCUUCUGACAGAGCAGUGGAACCCCUUAGUGCUACUGUGAAUGUUACUGUCAUUUUAGAAGAUGUAAAUGAUAACAGACCUCUUUUUAAUAGCACCAACUAUACAUUUUACUUUGAAGAGGAGCAGAGGUCUGGGUCAUUUGUGGGUAAAGUGAGUGCUGUCGAUAAAGAUUUUGGUCCAAAUGGAGAAGUCAGGUAUUCUUUUGAAAUGGUGCAGCCAGAUUUUGAGUUGCAUGCAAUCAGUGGGACGAUUACAAAUACCCAUCAGUUUGACAGGGAGGCUCUGAUGAGACGGAGAGGGACUGCUGUGUUUAGCUUUAUAGUUAUAGCAACGGAUCAGGGGCUUCCCCAGCCUCUUAAGGAUCAGGCUACUGUACAUGUUUACAUGAAAGAUAUAAACGAUAAUGCUCCCAAGUUUGUGAAAGACUUUUACCAAGCUACAAUAUCAGAAUCAGCCGCCAACCUGACUCAGGUUUUACGGGUAUCUGCCUCUGAUGUUGAUGAAGGUAAUAAUGGCCUUAUCCAUUACUCUGUAAUAAAAGGAAAUGAAGAAAGACAGUUUGCAAUAGACAGUGCUUCUGGUCAGGUGACACUAAUUGGCAAAUUAGACUAUGAAGCAACACCUGCCUACUCCCUGGUUAUUCAAGCAGUGGAUUCAGGGACCAUCUCCCUCAACUCAACCUGUACCUUAAAUAUUGAUAUUUUAGAUGAAAAUGACAAUACCCCUUCUUUCCCUAAGUCAACAUUAUUUGUCGAUGUUUUGGAAAACAUGAGAAUUGGUGAACUCGUGUCCUCCGUUACUGCGACGGAUUCAGAUUCUGGUGACAAUGCUGAUUUACAAUACAGUAUUAGUGGGACAAACAACCAUGGGACUUUUAGCAUUAGCCCGAAUACUGGGAGUAUUUUCCUUGCCAAAAAACUGGACUUUGAAACCCAGUCUUUGUACAAAUUAAAUAUAACAGCAAAAGAUCGAGGAAGACCUCCUCGUUCCUCAACAAUGUCGGUGGUUAUCCAAGUGAGGGACUUCAACGACAAUCCACCUAGCUUUCCAUCUGGGGAUAUUUUCAAGUCUAUUGUUGAGAACAUCCCCAUUGGCACAUCCGUCAUUUCAGUGACUGCACACGACCCUGAUGCAGACAUUAAUGGGCAGCUAUCCUACGCGAUCAUUCAACAGAUGCCAAGAGGCAACCACUUUGGCAUCGAUGAAGUCAAAGGGACGAUCUAUACAAAUGCUGAAAUCGAUCGGGAAUUUGCUAAUCUCUUUGAGUUAACCGUAAAAGCCAAUGAUCAAGCUGUACCUAUAGAAACCAGGCGGUAUGCUUUGAAAAACGUGACCAUCCUGGUUACAGACCUCAAUGACAACGUCCCAAUGUUUAUAUCACAAAAUGCCCUGGCUGCAGACCCUUCGGCUGUGAUUGGCUCUGUUCUAACAACAAUUAUGGCUGCGGAUCCUGAUGAAGGUGCCAAUGGAGAGGUGGAAUAUGAGAUCAUCAAUGGAGACAUGGACACCUUUAUUGUGGAUCGUUACAGUGGAGACUUGAGAGUGGCUUCCUCACUGGUACCGUCACAGCUGAUCUACAAUCUCAUAGUUUCAGCAACAGACCUUGGCCCUGAAAGGAAAAAGUCAACCACUGAAUUGACAGUCAUUCUUCAAGGCCUUGAUGGACCUGUGUUUACUCAACCGAAAUACAUUACUAUUUUGAAGGAAGGUGAACCCAUUGGCACCAAUGUAAUCUCCAUAGAAGCAGCCAGCCCUAGGGGGUCUGAAGCCCCCGUGGAGUAUUACAUUGUUUCGGUUCGUUGUGAGGAAAAGACUGUGGGGCGUCUAUUUACCAUUGGACGACUUACAGGCAUCAUUCAGACUGCAGCCAUUCUGGACCGGGAGCAAGGAGCAUGCCUAUACCUGGUGGAUGUUUAUGCCAUAGAAAAAUCAACCGCUUUUCCCAGAACCCAGAGAGCAGAGGUGGAAAUAACACUUCAGGAUAUCAAUGACAACCCACCGGUAUUCCCAACAGACAUGCUCGACCUCACUAUUGAGGAGAACAUUGGAGACGGCUCUCAGAUCAUGCAACUGACAGCCCUGGAUGCUGAUGAGGGUGCAAAUGCUCUGGUCACAUACACGAUCAUCAGUGGAGCUGAUGAUAGUUUUCGUAUUGACCCUGAAUCUGGAGAUCUGAUUGCAACCAAAAGGUUGGACAGGGAGCGCCGUUCCAAAUAUUCGCUGUUGGUUCGUGCAGAUGACGGUCUGCAGUCAUCGGACAUGAGGAUUAAUAUCACUGUCAGUGAUGUGAAUGACCACACACCUAAGUUCUCCAGGCCUGUGUAUUCCUUUGACAUCCCAGAAGAUACAACCCCUGGUUCUUUGGUAGCAGCGAUUUUAGCUACUGAUGAUGACUCGGGGGUCAAUGGAGAAAUCACCUACAUUGUCAAUGAGGAUGAUGAAGACGGCAUGUUUUUUCUGAAUCCAGUUACUGGAGUCUUCAAUCUGACUCGAGCAUUAGAUUAUGAAACCCAACAAUACUACAUCCUCACAGUCCGAGCUGAAGACGGUGGGGGGCAAUUUACAACCAUCAGGGUUUAUUUCAAUAUUCUUGAUGCAAAUGAUAACCCACCUGUAUUCAGCUUGAAUUCAUAUAGCACAUCAUUAAUGGAGAAUCUACCUCUAGGAUCUACUGUUCUUGUUUUUAAUGUUACUGAUGCAGAUGAUGGUGUCAACUCCCAAUUGGCUUAUAGCAUUGCUUCAGGUGAUAGCUUCGGACAGUUUACAGUGGACAAGCAUGGAGUACUGAAAGUUUUAAAAGCUUUGGAUCGGGAAAGCCAGUCCUUUUACAACCUGGUGAUUCAGGUGCACGACCUACCACAACCUCCAGCCUCCAGAUACACAAGCACCGUUCAAGUCUCCAUUAUUUUAUUGGAUGUGAAUGAUAACCCACCAUCAUUCCUUUCCCCAAAAUUGACAUACAUUCCAGAAAACACUCCAAUUGAUACUGUUGUUUUCAAAGCUCAAGCAACAGACCCAGAUAGUGGUCCAAACAGUUAUAUUGAGUACACAUUGCUAAAUCCGUUGGGAAACAAGUUUAGCAUUGGGACCAUUGAUGGUGAAGUGAGGCUCACUGGAGAACUGGAUAGAGAAGAUGUGUCUAACUAUACUCUAACAGUGGUGGCUACAGACAAAGGUCAACCAUCUCUCUCUUCAUCUACAGAGGUUGUAGUUAUGGUACUGGAUAUCAAUGACAACAACCCCGUUUUUGCACAGACUCUAUAUAAAGUGGAGAUUAAUGAAAACACUCUUACUGGAACAGAUAUAAUCCAAGUAUAUGCAGCAGACGGGGAUGAAGGUACAAAUGGACAGGUCCGCUUUGGCAUUGUUGAUGGAAAUGCCAAUCAAGAAUUUCGGAUUGAUUCUGUCACAGGCGCCAUCACUGUGGCGAAGCCUUUGGAUAGAGAGAAGACCCCAGCUUACUUUUUAUCUGUUCAGGCAACAGACCGGGGCAGUAGCCCAAGAACGGAUACCUCCACUGUCAACAUUGUCCUAUUGGAUAUUAAUGAUUUUGUUCCAGUAUUUGAACUCUCUCCAUAUUCUGUGAAUAUCCCGGAGAAUUUAGGAACACUGCCUAGUACAAUUCUUCAGGUGUUGGCAAGAGAUGAUGAUCAAGGUUCCAACAGUAAACUCUCCUAUGUGCUAUUGGGUGGUAAUGAAGACAAUUCUUUUAUCCUCUCAGCCAGUGGAGAACUUAGAGUAACACAGAGCCUAGAUCGGGAAAAGAAGGAGCAUUUUGUUUUGACCGUCACAGCUACAGAUUCAGGAUCCCCUGCCCUAACUGGAACUGGAACAAUCAAUGUCAUAGUAGACGAUAUCAAUGACAAUGUCCCCACUUUUGCUAGUAAAAUGUAUUUCACAACAAUUCCGGAAGAUGCUCCGACCGGCACCGACGUCUUGCUGGUAAAUGCCUCGGACGCUGAUGCCACAGCAAAUGCAGUCAUCAGCUAUAGGAUAAUUGGAGGAAACGCUCAGUUCACCGUCAACCCAUCCACAGGACAGAUCAUCACCAGUGCAUUGCUAGACAGGGAAACGAAAGAGAAUUAUACAUUAGUUGUGGUCUCCAGUGAUGCAGGAUCCCCAGAACCUCUUUCCAGUUCUACCAGUGUGCUUGUCACUGUGACUGAUGUCAAUGACAACCCACCACGAUUUCAACAUCACCCAUAUGUCACACACAUUCCAUCUCCUACCCCUCCAGGUUCCUUCGUCUUUGCAGUGACUGUCACGGAUGCGGACAUUGGCGUCAAUUCUGAACUGCACUAUUCUCUUUUGGGGAGAAACUCUGAGAGAUUUCACAUUGACCCACUGAGGGGAGCUAUUAUGGCUGCUGGACCUCUAAGCGGAGCUUCCGAAGUAACAUUUUCUGUCCAUGUAAAAGAUGGCGGCUCGUUGCCAAAGGCAGAUUAUACAACAGUGACAGUUAGAUUUGCAAACAAGGCCGAUUUCCCUAAAAUCCGAGCUAACGAACAAACUUUUAUGUUUCCUGAAAACCAGCCAAUAGGCACUCUUGUCACCACCAUUACAGGAAUCUCCACCCGAGGAGAACCUUUGUCCUAUUAUAUUGCAAGUGGGAACCUAGACAAUGCGUUCCACAUCGAUCAGUUAACAGGACAAGUGUCCAUCAGUCAGCCUUUGGAUUUUGAGAAGAUACAAAAAUAUAUUGUUUGGAUAGAGGCCAGAGAUGGAGGCUUCCCUCCUUUCUCCUCUUAUGAGAAACUUGACGUAACUGUCCUGGAUGUUAAUGAUAAUUCCCCAAUUUUUAAGGAAGAUCCCUUUGUAUCAGAAAUAUUGGAAAAUCUUUCUCCUCAAAAAAUACUUACUGUUUCAGCAAUGGACAAGGACAGUGGACCAAAUGGCCGGUUAGACUAUGAAAUUGUUGAUGGGAACAAAGAAAAUAGUUUCAGUAUUAAUCAUGCUACUGGUGAAAUUACGAGCAUCCGGCCUCUAGACAGAGAAAAGAUUUCUCAGUAUAGACUCACUGUAAAGGCUUCUGACAAAGGUUCUCCUUCGCAGAGUACCUCAGUUAAGGUCAUCAUAAACGUUUUAGAUGAAAAUGAUAAUGCCCCUCGGUUUUCUCAGAUCUUUAGUGCCCAUGUUCCUGAAAAUUCCCCCUUGGGCUAUACAGUUACACGAGUCACAACUUCCGAUGAAGACAUUGGGGUGAAUGCAAUCAGCAGGUAUUCGAUAAUGGACCCAAGUCUGCCAUUUACAAUUAAUCCAAGCACAGGAGAUAUUGUCAUUAGUAGACCUUUAAAUAGAGAAGAUAGAGACCGCUACAGAAUCCGAGUUUCAGCACAUGAUUCCGGGUGGACUGUAAGUACAGAUGUCACGAUAUUUGUGACAGAUGUCAACGACAAUGCUCCAAGAUUUACAAGACCCUCUUACUACUUAGAUUGCCCUGAACUUACUGAGAUUGGCUCCAAAGUGACUCGUGUAUCUGCCACAGAUCCAGACGAAGGGUCAAAUGGACAGGUGUUUUACUUCAUAAAAUCUCAGUCUGAAUAUUUCCGGAUUAAUGCCACCACAGGAGAUAUUUUCAAUAAACAGGUUUUAAAAUACCAAAAUGUCAGUGGCGUCAGCAAUGUGCACAUCAACCGGCACAGUUUUGUAGUGACUUCCUCAGAUCGAGGCAAUCCAUCCCUACUGAGUGAAACAACAGUCACCAUCAAUAUCGUGGAUGGUAAUGACAAUGCACCUCAAUUUCUUAAACUGAAAUAUUUUACUCCAGUCACCAAAAAUGUUAAAGUUGGUACCGAGCUAAUCAAAGUAGCAGCAGUGGAUGAUAAAGAUUUUGGAUUGAAUUCUGAGGUGGAGUAUUUCAUAUCGAACGGGAAUCAUUUAGGAAAAUUUAAGUUGGAGGCUCACACAGGAUGGAUAUCAGUAGCAUCCCCCCUCAUCUCUGAUGUGAACCAAAACUUUUUGAUCACAGUCACUGCAAAGGAUAAAGGAAACCCUCCACUUUCCUCCCAAGCAACUGUUCAAAUAAUUGUCACUGAGGAAAACUACCAUACACCAGAAUUCUCUCAAAACCACAUGAGUGCUACCAUCCCUGAAAGCCAUAGUGUCGGGGCCAUUGUCAGAACUGUUUCCGCAAGAGACAGGGACGCAGCGAUGAAUGGCUUGAUUACGUACGCCAUUUCUUCAGGGAACGAAGGAGGCGUGUUUGCCAUCAACUCUUCCACGGGCGUAUUAGUGCUCGCCAGGGCUCUUGAUUACGAGGUGUGCCAGAAACACGAGAUGACCAUUAGUGCGACAGAUGGAGGGUGGGUUGCAAGAACUGGUUACUGCAGUGUGACAGUCAAUGUGAUUGAUGUGAAUGACAACACCCCCGUAUUCACCCCUGACGAGUAUUUCCCUACUGUUUUGGAAAAUGCCCCAAGUGGGACAACUGUUAUCCACCUAAAUGCGACAGAUGCCGACUCGGGAACCAAUGCGGUGAUUGCAUACACCGUACAGUCAUCUGACAGUGACCUCUUUGUCAUUGACCCAAACACCGGCGUCAUCACCACGCAAGGCUUCUUGGAUUUUGAAACCAAGCAGAGCUACCACCUCACAGUGAAAGCCUUCAAUGUCCCCGAUGAAGAACGGUGCAGCUUUGCCACUGUCAGCAUACAAUUAAAGGGGACAAAUGAAUAUGUCCCCCGCUUUGUGUCUAAACUUUACUACUUUGAAAUCUCAGAAGCAGCUCCCAAAGGUACUCUUGUUGGAGAAGUGUUUGCCAGUGACCGUGACUUGGGCGCCGAUGGGGAGGUACACUAUCUGAUCUUUGGUAGCAGUAGGAAGAAGGGUUUCCAGAUCAAUAAGAGGACUGGACAGAUUUAUGUUUCUGGACCUCUUGAUAGAGAAAGAGAAGAAAGGGUCUCCUUGAAAGUCUUGGCCAAGAAUUUUGGCAGCAUUCGGGGCGCAGAUAUAGACGAGGUCACUGUGAACGUCACCGUGCUUGAUGCCAAUGACCCACCUGUUUUCAGCCUAAACGUCUACAAUGUUCAGAUCAGUGAAGGGGUCCCGAUUGGGACGCAUGUGACCUUUGUCAGUGCCUUCGACUCCGACUCCAUCCCCAGCUGGAGUAGGUUUUCAUACUUCAUCGAAUCAGGAAACGAGAACGGCGCAUUUUCCAUUAAUCCACCGACAGGCCAGAUCACGGUAACUGCAGAAUUAGAUAGAGAAACUCUACCCAUUUACAAUCUCACAGUUCUGGCUGUUGAUGCAGGGACACCCUCUGCUACAGGAAGUGCCUCCUUAUUGGUCACGCUGGAAGAUAUAAAUGAUAAUGGGCCCAUGUUGAUCACCAGCGAAGGCGAAGUCAUGGAGAACAAACGUCCCGGAACUCUGGUGAUGUCCCUUCAGUCCACUGAUCCUGAUCUCCCUCCAAAUCAAGGUCCCUUCACCUACUACUUGCUGAGCACAGGCCCCGCCACCAACUACUUUAGUCUGAAUGCUGCUGGUGUCCUGAGCACCACCAGGGAGAUUGACAGAGAACAGAUUUCAGACUUCUAUCUGUCCGUGAUUACUAGGGAUUCUGGCGUUCCUCAAAUGUCUUCCACGGGAACUGUGCAUAUCACAGUGAUAGACCAAAAUGACAACCCUUCACAGUCUCGGACCGUGGAGAUAUUUGUUCAUUAUUACGGCAACUUGUUUCCUGGUGGAAUCUUAGGCUCUGUGAAGCCACAGGAUCCAGAUGUGCUGGACAGCUUCCAGUGUUCCUUUAGUUCCGGUGUGACAAGCCUUUUCAGUAUUCCCGGGGGCACUUGCGAUCUGAAUGCUCAGGCAAGGUCUACAGAUGGCACUUUUGACCUGACGGUCCUUAGCAAUGAUGGCGUUCACAGCCCAGUCACCAGCAACAUUAGAGUUUUCUUUGCCGGCUUUUCCAACCUGACGGUGGAUAACAGCAUCCUCCUUCGUCUUGGCGUCCCGACGGUAAGGGACUUCUUGACCAACCACUACCUUCAUUUCCUGCGCAUUGCCAGUUCACAGCUGACAGGGCUGGGCACGGUGGUGCAGCUCUAUGGUGCCUAUGAAGAGAACAAUCGAACAUUUCUUUUGGCAGCUGUGAAGCGGAGUAACAAUCAGUAUGUGAAUCCCAGUGGUGUAGCCACCUUCUUUGAAAGCAUCAAAGAAAUCCUGCACCGGCAGAGUGGAGCCAAGGUCGAAUCUGUGGACCACGACGCGUGCCUUCACGGCCCGUGUCAGCAUGGAGGGACCUGCAUCAGAAGGCUGGCUGUGAGCCCCACGUUCAAGAGCCAUGAGAGUCUGCCCGUCAUCAUUGUAGGGAAUGAGCCGCUGCCGCCUUUCUUGUGCAAGUGUCUGCCAGGAUAUGCUGGUAGCCGGUGUGAAGUAGAUAUAGACGAAUGCCUUCCAUCCCCUUGCCACAAUGGGGGGACCUGCCACAAUUUAGUGGGAGGAUUUUCCUGCAGCUGUCCGGAGGGCUUCACGGGAAGAGCCUGUGAGAGGGAUAUCAAUGAGUGCCUGCCCAGUCCGUGCAAGAAUGGGGCUGUUUGCCAGAAUUUUCCAGGAGGCUUCAACUGUGUCUGCAAAACCGGAUACACAGGAAAAACAUGUGAAUCUUCAGUCAAUUACUGUGAAUGCAAUCCCUGCUUUAAUGGUGGCUCCUGUCAAAGUGGCAUUGAGUCCUACUAUUGCCACUGCCCAUUUGGUGUCUUUGGAAAACACUGUGAGUUGAACAGUUAUGGAUUUGAGGAGUUAUCAUUCAUGGAGUUUCCCAGCUUGGAUCCCAAUAACAACUAUAUUUAUGUUAAAUUUGCAACCAUUAAAAGUCAUGCCUUACUACUUUACAACUACGACAACCAAACAGGAGACCGGGCUGAGUUUUUGGCUCUUGAAAUUGCCGAAGAAAGGCUGAGAUUCUCCUACAACAUAGGCCGUGGCACGUACAAGCUCACCACCACGAAGAAAGUGUCAGAUGGACGUUUUCACACUGCCAUUGCACGAAGAGCAGGAAUGGCUGCUUCCUUAACUGUGGACUCUUGCUCUGAAAGCCAAGAACCAGGAUAUUGCACUGUCAGUAAUGUGGCAGUUUCAGAUGACUGGACUCUUGAUGUUCAGCCAAAUCGAGUCACAGUUGGAGGUAUCAGAUCACUAGAACCCAUCCUUCAGCGGAGAGGACACGUGGAAAGCCAUGACUUUGUUGGGUGUAUCAUGGAGUUUGCCAUCAAUGGAAGACCCCUGGAGCCAAGCCAAGCUUUAGCAGCACAGGGCAUCCUAGAUCAAUGUCCUCGACUGGAAGGCGCUUGCUCUCGCAGCCCCUGCCAGCAUGGCGGCACAUGCGCGGAUCACUGGUCUUGGCAGCAGUGCCGUUGCAAGGAAGGGUUGACAGGAAAGUACUGUGAGAAAUCUAUUACCCCGGAUACGGCCUUAUCAUUGGAAGGGAAAGGGCGGUUGGACUAUCACAUGAGUCAGAAUGAAAAGAGGGAAUAUUUGUUAAGACAAAGUAUACGAGGUGCCAUGUUGGAGCCUUUUGGUGUGAACAGUCUGGAAGUCAAAUUCCGGACAAGAAGCGAGAAUGGCAUUUUAAUCCAUAUCCAAGAAAGCAGCAAUUACACUACUGUGAAGAUUAAGAAUGGCAAAGUACAUUUCACAUCAGAUGCAGGAAUCGCUGGAAAAGUGGAGAGAAACAUUCCUGAAGUAUAUGUUGCAGAUGGCCACUGGCAUACCUUUCUAAUUGGGAAAAAUGGAACAGCCACAGUAUUAUCCAUUGACAGGAUAUUUAAUAGAGACAUCAUCCACCCGACUCAGGACUUUGGGGGCCUUGAGGUGCUAACUAUAUCUCUAGGAGGCAUCCCCCCCAAUCAAGCUCAUCGAGAUUCUCAAACAGGUUUCGAUGGCUGCAUUGCUUCUAUGCUGUAUGGAGGAGAAAGCCUUCCUUUCAGUGGGAAGCACAGCUUGGCCUCCAUCUCAAAAACAGACCCCUCCAUCAAGAUUGGCUGUCGUGGCCCGAACAUUUGUGCCAGCAACCCCUGCUGGGGCGAUUUGUUGUGCAUUAAUCAGUGGUAUGCCUACAAGUGUGUGCCUCCUGGAGACUGCGCCUCCCACCCGUGCCAGAACGGUGGCAGCUGCGAACCUGGCCUCCACUCUGGUUUCACCUGUAACUGUCCAGAAUCCCACACCGGGCGGACCUGUGACAUGGUCGUGGCCUGUCUAGGAGUCCUCUGCCCUCAGGGUAGGGUGUGUAAGGCUGGAAGUCCUGGGGGCCAUGUCUGUGUCCUGAGCCAGGGUCCUGAAGAGAUCUCCCUGCCUCUGUGGGCCGUGCCUGCCAUUGUGGGCAGCUGCGCCACCGUGCUGGCCCUGCUGGUCCUCAGCCUGAUUCUGUGUCAUCAGUGCAGGGGCAAGAAGAGCAAAAGUCCCCAGAGGGAGAAGAAGCCGAAGGAAAAAAAGAAAAAGGGAAGCGAGAACGUUGCUUUCGAUGACCCAGAUAAUAUUCCUCCGUAUGGCGAUGACAUGACCGUGAGAAAGCAGCCUGAAGGGAACCCGAAACCCGAUAUCAUCGAAAGGGAAAACCCUUAUCUCAUCUAUGAUGAAACCGACAUUCCCCCCAACUCGGAAACCAUCCCAAGUGCCCCCCUGGCUUCCCCGGAGCAAGAGAUCGAGCACUAUGAUAUCGACAAUGCCAGCAGCAUCGCCCCUUCAGACGCCGACAUCAUCCAGCACUACAAGCAGUUCCGCAGCCACACCCCCAAAUUUUCCAUCCAGAGACACAGUCCUCUAGGCUUUGCAAGGCAAUCACCCAUGCCCUUAGGAGCAAGCAGUUUGACCUACCAGCCUUCCUACAGCCAAGCUCUGAGAACCAGCUCCCUGAGCCACUCCGCUUGUCCCACUCCCAACCCCCUCUCUCGGCACAGCCCGGCUCCGUUUUCCAAGUCCUCCACUUUCUAUCGGAAUAGCCCAGCUAGGGAAUUACAUCUUCCUUUAAGGGAUGGGAACGCGUUGGAAAUGCAUGGUGAUGCCUGCCAGCCUGGGCUUUUCAACUAUGCCACACGGCUGGGAAGGAGAAGCAAGAGUCCGCAGGCCAUGGCAGCUCAUGGUUCUAGACCAGGAAGCCGCUUAAAGCAGCCCAUUGGGCAGAUGCCGCUGGAAUCUUCUCCCCCGGUAGGACUCUCCAUUGAAGAGGUAGAGAGGCUGAACACCCCUCGCCCUAGGAACCCGAGUAUCUGCAGUGCAGACCACGGGAGAUCUUCGUCGGAGGAGGACUGCCGCCGGCCACUGUCCAGGACAAGGAACCCCGCAGACGGCAUUCCAGCGCCAGAAUCUUCUUCUGAUAGUGACUCCCAUGAGUCCUUUACUUGCUCAGAAAUGGAAUACGACAGGGAAAAGCCAAUGGUAUAUACUUCCAGGAUGCCCAAAUUAUCUCAAGUCAAUGAGUCUGAUGCAGAUGACGAGGAUAAUUAUGGGACCAGACUGAAGCCCAGAAGGUACCAUGGCCGCAGGGCUGAGGGAGGACCGGUGGGCACACAGGCCGCAGCGCCCGGGGUGUCUGACAACGCGCUGCCCUCGAAACUUGGGCAGCAAGCGGGGAAUUUCAACUGGGACAACCUUUUGAACUGGGGCCCUGGCUUUGGCCACUACGUGGAUGUUUUUAAAGAUUUGGCAUCCCUCCCAGAAAAAGCAGCAGCAAACGAAGAAGGCAAAAGCGGGACAACUAAGCCAGUCCCCAAAGAUGGGGAAGCAGAAGAAUAUGUGUGAACUUUGUGUACUGGCAUUAUCAAAAUCGUAAGCCAAGAAACACUCCAACCCUUCUAACGUUGCCAUUAAGAUUGGGGUAGGCUGGAUAAAGAGGCCAGUAUGGACUGGUGGUUGAGCACAACCUUUAACAAUAAUAACCACAAUGCUGCUGAAACAGACUCGGGAGGACUCUUAAUUUAAACAUGCUUGGAUCACAUGAUUUUCCUGCACGCUUUGUAUUUUGUAGUUAACUACGUGGCAUGCAACAUUUGAAGGAUUUUUCUUAUUUACCAAUGUUUGAUUUGUGACUUAAGAAAUUAAUAUUGUUACCAUUGCAGAAAUGAACUUGUGUUUUCACAGUGGAGUGUGCAUAUCGGUUCCAUUGUAUCAUUGCUAUUCCGAUAGUUUGCAUUGCCGCCUUCCUGAGGUUUAACCAAUCUUUGUAAAGUAUGAAGUAAUGAUAGAAAAGAGCCUGCCUAUCUGUGAGUGAAAGACUAAGCAGUAUUAACGUGUUUCAGAAUUAGAGUUUCCAUAUUUGAUGUUGCUCGGAAAUGUUUGAAUAUUUGAAUAAGUUGAACAUGACAGUGGGUACUAAAAUUAAGUCAUUUUGUUCAGCACUUUAGGAUUUUCUUAUGAUAUUGUGUUGAAACUUAUGAAUCUCUUUGUAAAUGGUUCUGGUCUGCAUACUUUCAUCAGGCUUUCCAUUAGGAACCAAAUGGCUGGAUGUUGCCCCCGGAAUACUGCCACCUUCCCAACUGUGGGACGAUAUUGUCAGCAGCACUUCUAAGAGACACGUUUACAAGUUAUUUAUUGAGCAAAAAAGUUUUCUAUGCUUUUAAAAUUUGAAGAACUGACUUAAAGAAAGCCUGUCAUUGGACUUGUUUUUCAAACACUUAACAUUUAUACUAAGUACCCAAUUUAUAUAAUUUAUACGGAUUCAAAUUUCAACACUUCACUACUUCCUGUCUUUUUGUAGAUUUUUUUUAAUACUGUGUAAAAACAUUUUUUUUUUAAACCUAAUCUGUGUUUUUGAUACUGAUAUUUUCCUAUGCUGAAUAGUUUUCUUACUUUCAGGGAAGGUAAGAAAAUACGGUUUUUACAUUUGUUACUUAUGUAACAUUCAUAUUUUUCACAUUUUGAUAUUUGUAACAUAUUGUAUGCUUUCUACUUGUAAAUGCCAACAAUAGAAUUAAAAUAUUUAUUUAAAAUA